AUGGCGCCAGAACACGGUGCAGCCACUCACCAGCAGCUCCUCCCGGACAACGACAAACGCACUUCUUGGGUCACUCAGCCCACCGCCACCACCUGCUCUCUUCCCACACCGUCCCAGAAACGUAUGGCGGAGAUGGAAGAGACACUCGGCAUGAAUUGGGUGAUCUUCCACCAGCUUUACCGACAAAACACAUUACUCCAUCUCAUACACGUCGGCGUUAUCUUAUCGCUCAUGAGGGAUAGCAUGAAAGUCGGGAAUCUUUCAGCUCCGGUAACGAUAUCUCAAUACGAAGGACUGCUCAUCAGGAACUGGCGGGAGAUCACCAGAGGGUAUAUGACCUUUGAGGGUGAAGCGGGGACGGGCUCUGCUUCUUUCAUGUUGACCAUGACUGUCCUCGUGGGCCCAAUAUGCAUUCUCCUCGGUAAUACCGUGUACACUGUGUACUGCUGGGUGAGAAGUCUGGCAUACUGGUGGGACAACAGGAAAGCAGCGACUACAAAUCGUCGGGUUACCGGUGACCAGAGCAAACACGCUUGA